UACCCUGUAUUUGGAGAGUGAAACAUAACAGGCUGGGUGUCUAUAGAUCCUCCCGUGCUUCUGCCAAUCCAGUUUAUCCAGGACUAAGGUUCUAUUGGGAAACCUUUAGACCUAGUUGGAUUAAAAGGACUAAUGGGCAGGCUUCUCCUCACCCCAAUGUAACCCUUCAAUCCCCAGCAGAUCCAGCCCAGGUCUCACUGCUCUAUUCCCCCUGUAGCUCCAUAUUCUAUCGGUUCCUGCUUAUCCGGGUGGGGCAGGUAUGUUUGUUACACCCAUCACUGAGAUUAAAGUGACUCAAACUAAAAGCCGCUUUGGAUAUCUAUAGGUUGAUACAAGCCGACGGUUCAGCAGCUACACAGCCAAAUGGAAAAAUUGGAAAGGUUACGGCCAAUCAGAUGCUUCUUUUUCGGUCUCUGCUGUGUCCUGGUUUUCGUGUGUUCGCUGAGCUGGAAUGUUAUGAAGAACAGCCCAUGGCAUCCCCGUAACAUAUUUAUCUGUGAUACGCAUCCGGCUGAAAACAUUGUAUUCCCUCCGGUUGAGGAACCAGAUGUCAGGCUGGAGAGAAUGCUGUACCCAAAGCCGGAGACUCUCAAACCUCCGAGGACUGAUGUACUGACUAUAACUCCGUGGUUGGCCCCCAUAGUCUGGAACGGCACAUUUAACUCCGACAUACUAAACGCCCAGUUUCACAAGAGAGGUGUACGUAUUGGCAUUACGACAUUUGCUAUUAAAAAGUAUAUAAGGUUCCUGAAAGAUUUUCUGGAAACGGGAGAAAAGUUUUUCAUGGUAGGACACAAGGUCAAUUACUACAUCUUCACAGAUCGCGCCCAAGACAUUCCCAACGUAACCCUCAGUGAGGGGAGGAACAUACAUAUAAUAAAUGUUACCGCCUACCAAAGAUGGCAGGAUGUCACCAUGAGGCGUAUGCAGAUGAUCCGUGACCAAACCUACACCCGUUUUAUGAAUGAGGUCGAUUACUUGGUUUGCGUCGACGUGGACAUGAGGUUCUAUGGCAGCGUUGGGGUGGAAAUCUUAGGCGACGUGUUUGGGACUUUACAUCCUGGUUUCUUUGGAGCCUCGCGGGCGCAGUUUACCUAUGACCGUAACCCAAAAUCAGUCGCUUGCAUUCCCGUAGAUGAGGGCGAUUUCUAUUAUGCAGGAGGCUAUUUCGGGGGGAUCAUUGAAGAAGUUUACAAGCUGACCAAUUACUGCCAUACCGCCAUGAUGACGGACAAAGCCAUUGGAAUCGAGGCGCUAUGGCACGACGAAAGCUACCUCAACAAAUAUUUCCUUUAUUACAAGCCAACGAAGGUCCUCUCUCCAGAGUAUGUCUGGAAUAAUUAUUACGGCUCGCCACGCGCCGUGCAGAUCAAGCGGUUUAUCGGCAUUGAUAAGGAUUAUAAGGAAGUCAGGUUUAGAAGAUAAGUGUGGGACAAAUACGCGAUUCAAAACAGGAAGUAGUGAGAGGAAUAGGAAGUCAGACGCUUGUUCUAGUAUUGCUACGCCCCUUCCCCAUAGGGACGUUUUUGGGUUUUUGGGGUUUUUUUUUUACCAGCAGGCUGGGGGGUGCUGACAAGAGGGGGUGGGUCAUGAUGUCAAUGGGAUAGGGGGCGGGUAACUUCAUAAAGGGCAGAGCUACGGCAGGUCUGGUAGCUAGAGAGUAGAUUGAGGGCAAAUCGGGGAAGGAAAAAUGAGCUAAAUUAAAUUAAGAGAGAUUAUAAAUUUACCGAAAAGUACAUUGCGGGUAAAUUUGUAAUACCGGCCCCUGGCCUUGGCGGGUGUUUUAUUGGCUAGGCCGACUAGGUGGCAUCCUUACUUUCCAUAUGCAAAAUGGAGUAUGGGGAAGCUCUACCAAGGAAAAUGCGGGGGGGGGGGGGGGGGGUAAUAUUUAUACAUAUUUAUAUGAAAGAAAGAAUGUUUGAUUAUAUUAAUACCAUAUAGAAUAAGUCAUGAUGAUGCGGUUGAUCGGCUUGUCGGUGUUUCCCCAUGGCUGACCACCACCCAAUAAGUGCCAUCACCCGAGAUGAGUCAGUAUGUUACAGCAGUUACACCAAUUUUUACGGUGAAGCAAAACGACAAAGAUUCGCUCAUCACUAUUUAUAUCCAAUACAUUGUUGAUUUCUCCUUUGAGGGACAUUAAAAUUCAAAAACAUUCUACACACACAUUUUAUUUGAUUGUUCUAAAGGGAAAGGAAAGAUAAAAACUAAGUAAGCUUUAUAAGAAAGGUCUAUGUAAAUACAGCCAUAAGCACUCACAGUUAUGCUGAGUCCUCUAUCAAAAGAAGCAGGAUUUCUUGUCUCCUUUUUUGUAAACAUGUUCUUAGGUAUCUGACUUCCUCUCUCAGAAAAAUCCUUCUUUCCCAGGGCCCGAGUCUGCGCAGGUCUCUCCUGCUCCCCCUUCCCAUUAAACAAUGUGUAAUCUGAGCUAUAGGCUAGAGCUGCAAGCAGUAAGCUAGGAAGACCAAGUUAAAAUGGCAGCAGCAAUCUUAAACAAACGGAGGGAGCUUCUACAGCUCUUUACUCAGGUAUGGUAAAGCUUUCUGCAGAAUAAAUGUUCUAGGUGGCACUAAUCUAAUGGUAGUAAAAUGCCAAAAUGCCUUUCCUUCUCCUUUUAAGAGACAGGGUUCAUUUUGGCUAUUGGUCUGCCCAAGGUCCAUUCUCUUUUGGUAUGGCCUAUGAUUGGUUCCCAGUUACUUUCAAUUGCUUGUAGCCUUUGGAUGUUGAAUUUCCAUCUGGUAAACCAUUUUCAGCAGUGACAUGCCCCAGCCCAUUCCCAAUUUGAACUGAUACCGACACGAUCCUAUGAAAAUCCAUAGGAUUGGUGUUUUGGGGUACAUAUUUAUUAUUUUUUUUUAAAAUGUUACAUAUUUAGUUUGUUUUUUUGACUUCCUUUUCAUCAAGUCUUGCAUUUUAUUGUUGGUUGGGACUCUAGCGAUAUACUCUGUGCUGUAACAAAGAAUAGACAGCCACUUCAAUAAAAUAAAAAAUACAAGUAAAUAGCAUUAUAAUAAAUGAUGGUGAAUUUUUA